AUCACAAUCGACAUUACAACCAACAUUUUUUUUUCUCUCUUUAAAAAUUGUUUUCGCGUCUGUCUAUGAUUUUGUGUUUGUUUUUCGUUAUUUUCUUUUACAUUUUUGUAUGAAAUUCAAAGUCUCCAUUUUUACCACAGCCAACGCGUCUUUGAACUCGAAGAAAGGUCAAAAUCCAAAAUCUAGGGCAAAUUCCCUUUUCCAGUUCCAAAUUUGUGAAAGAAACUGAAAUACAGAUCCUUCAAAAUUUUCAAUUCCCAAGUUUUCCGAUCAUCGCCGUUAACCUACAGUAUUUCGGGUUCAGUCCCGUCGUUUUAUCCCCUCCGAUUUCACCAUUUUCCGAUUGCUUUGCUCCAAAAUCAAUUUUCUUCAACGAACCCCUUGUGGGUUUUUUUUUUCUCCACGAUUUCUUGAUGCCAUCGUCCCUCCGCGGACUACUGAAUUGACUCGAGGCUCCAAUUCGGGGGUUCUUGAGGGUUAACUUGUGAUACGUAAAACACUUCAAAAAUCUUUACUCGGACCAUCAAAUGGGACUUUGCGCUAGUAAGUCCGAAACCAGAGAUGAUGAAUCUGAGCAUCAUGUUGAGUUUGCUGCUGGAAAUGUGCAUCUCAUCACAACCAAAGAUGCUUGGGACCAGAAGUUGGAAGAAGCUAAUACGGGUGGCAAAAUUGUGAUAGCGAACUUCAGUGCAACAUGGUGUGGUCCUUGCAAGAUGGUUGCUCCAUUCUACAGUGAAUUGUCAGAGAAACACCCCUCUUUGAUGUUCCUAGUAGUUGAUGUUGAUGAAUUAACCGACUUCAGCACUUCCUGGGAUAUCAAAGCUACACCUACCUUUUUCUUCCUCAAAGGAGGUCAGCAAAUCGACAAACUUGUUGGAGCGAAUAAAAUCGAACUAGAGAAGAAAAUUACUGCAAUGGCAGAUUCUCUCCCCGCUAAUCAGACAUGAUUUCGGGUAAAUACCAUUUUGAAGCACUUGAGUGUCUUCCCUGUAUUGUGGAUGUAUGGUGUUUUCUCUUUGUAUAAUGCUUCCCCUCUUUAAAGUGUAGACAUGUGAGAUUGACUAUUAGUAAUACUCAUUUUGAAAUUAUUCCGACUUCUCA